UACAGUCUAGCUAGAGCUUAAAUAUAUUAAACUCAAAAGCAAUUCAACUGUAUGCAAAAAGCAGCCAAUCGUUUAUACUACUAUCAUAAUUAGGUUAAAGUUAAAGUUUCAGAUAAAAUAAAACCAUGAAGUUUUUUUUGUUAGUUGCUCUCUUUGGGUUGACAUAUGCCCAGGAUCCACGAUGCGCUGCUCCAGGCUACUUUCAAGCCAGAGUAAGAUCGUACGAUCACGAAACCAACUACUUCCGUGAUGGUAGAUUUUCAUAUGAUGCGCAUGAGCAAAGAGUGCGCAUGGUGGAAGUACUUCAGGAAAAUGCGACUCGGCCACAGCGUGACGAACUAAUUCUCCACAGAGAAAAAAAACGUUACGUGGUUGAUCUUCAUACUCGCAAGUGCAACGUGUCCACCGUUGACUUUCAUUUCCACCCUAUAUCGGUUGACGAACCAGCUCGGUUUCUUGGUUAUUCGAUCGUUGGAACACUGGAUGAACCUGAGAUGGGGAUGAUGGUUGGUUCGUGGCAUCAUAGAAGCGAAGGAAAUGACAUCAGAGGCAAUUUGACUCAAUCUUUCACGAGAGAUGAAUGCAUCCCUGUUUCUGAAGUUUUCUACGGCGAAACGGUUAAGGAUCAUCAGAUGUUGCACUUUCAUAGAACAUACUUCGACGUCACAUUGGGGCUGGAUAGCGCUAAUGUAUUCGACAUACCAAAAGAAUGCAUCCACAGAAAAUGAGCUGAUAUUUAAAAGGCGCAUAAAUGACGAUUUUAAUUAUGUAAUUUAUGUUUCUACUGUUAAUUGUAUCAUAUUAACAUUGAAAUUGAUAUUUCCAACGAUUAAAACAGAAUUGCGCUAGUCAA